AUGGUGGUGAUGAUGAUGGGGGUAGUGCUGGAGCUGCUGGUGGUGCUGAUGGUUAUGGUGGUGGUGGUGAAGGUGGUGUUGAUAAUAACGAUGGUGGUGAUGAUGCCUCCUGCGCGGACUGGGCGCCGCCCCGGGUCCGCGCUGCGUGCGCGCUGGGAGCUCGGUCCUCUGGUCCUCUGCGCGCAGCAGGGCGCCAGGCCGUCGGCUGCCCCGGCCCCGCAGCCGGAGCUGCGGGAGGGCGGAGGAGGGAGAUUCCGGAGUACGGGGCUGCGGCAGGAGGGGCCCCUGGGCGCGGGGGCGGGCGCGGCGUCGCUGCCCGGGGCGCUCAGCUUCGCGCUCCUGGCGGCCGCCAUCGGCACGGACUUCUGGUACAUCAUCGACACCGAGCGGCUGGAGAGGAGCGGCUCGGGGGCGCAGAACCUGCUGGGGGUCGCCAACCGCAGCCAGCCCGAGCCUCUGAGCUCCCACUCCGGCCUCUGGCGGACCUGUCGGGUCCAGAGCCGGUGCAUGCCACUAAUGAACCCCUUCUGGCAGGAGAAUGUGACAGUCAGCGACUCGAGCCGACAACUUCUCACCAUGCAUGGGACGUUUGUGAUUCUGCUGCCGCUCAGCCUGAUCCUGAUGGUUUUUGGGGGGAUGACGGGCUUUCUGAGCUUCCUUCUCCGAGCCCCCCUCCUCCUCCGGCUCACUGGGAUUCUCUUCCUCUUUGGAGCCGCGGUGACCCUCGCCGGGAUCAGCGUCUACAUCGCGUACUCGGCCGCCGCCUUCCGGGAGGCGCUGUGCCUCCUGCAGGAGAAGGCCCUCCUGGACCAGGUGGACAUCCGCUUCGGCUGGUCCCUGGCCCUGGGCUGGGUCAGCUUCGUCGCCGAGCUGCUCACUGGGGCGGCCUUCCUGGCAGCAGCCCGCGUGCUCAGCCUGAGAGGGAGGCAGGACCAGGCCGUAUGAACCCGCGCGGAGGUCCCGGUGGAGGGUGG